GGAGUGCGGAAGCGAGACAGGAUUCAUGUGCAGCUAGAGCGGGUGACAUUGCACGUUGCAAAACGAGUUCCCCUCGGCUCUGGCCGCAAGCGCCGUUUAGUAACGAAACCUCACGACCCAGGCUCCCGGAUUCUUCUGCGUCUAAAUCGGUGGACAAGUCGUUGCCCCUUUAAGCUUCUUUCUCUCACAGAUCGUGUGCGAUCUGACCCUACCUGACAGCCAUGGGCACUGGUAUGAGUAAGGUUUUAGAUGGCCUCUAUCUUGGAAAUAUUAGAGACUCCCAGGACAAAGACAACCUGGCAAAGAAUGGCAUCUCCCAUGUGUUGUCCAUCUGCCACAAUGCCAAGCCUGUGCUUGAGGAUAUGACAUACCUUUGUAUCGCUGCAGCUGAUUCUUCAAGCCAGAAUCUGAUGCAGCACUUUAAGGAGUGUAUCAAGUUUAUCCAUGAAUGUCGAAUGCAAGGAGGAGGGUGCAUUGUUCACUGUUUAGCUGGAGUUUCACGCAGCACAACAGUGGUGGUGGCUUACCUCAUGACAGUAACCGACUAUGGCUGGGAAGAGUGCUUGUCUGCGGUGAAGGCUGCCCGAUCGUUUGUCAGCCCAAACUAUGGCUUCCAGCAACAGCUCCAAGAGUUUGAGGCGACUCUUGUAAAAGAGUAUCGGAGAUGGCUUCAGACGGAAUAUGGCCAAAAUCGAUUUGAUGACAAGCAGGAGAUUGAAAAGCUGCUCUCUCAGUACGAGGAACAACAAAAGCAACAGCAGCUGAGACAUGGGGAGCGUCACUGGACAAACCACACAGCAACGGUCUACCCUCUUCCUUACAAUGCCUAUGGCAGCAGCAGCAGCCACAGCUGGGUGAACAGAUAAGGGGUGUGACAGGGCACGGCUGCUGGAUGUUUCAACAUCAUUUUAUUCAUUGUAAAUCAGCAAGAAUAUAUACAGCCAUAUGUACCUAGAGUGCAAUACAAAGCAGGAGAAAGGCAGAUAAUUUAUAUACCAUUGUUUCUCCUUUUUCUAUUUAUCAUUUCAAAAAUGUUCCCAUUAGCUACAGUAUGCAGGUUGUGCCUUUUCUUAAACUAAGUGCCUAACUAAGACUGCAAGUUUUAAAUUGCACUGCAUUGGAAUUGGUUUUGCUCCCAGCCUUUAUUCAGAACAGAUGCUUGCUGCAGUAACUUUGGGCACUGCCAUUUAGGACUACAAAUUAUUCAACAGUUAACAAUGUUGCUACUUUUACCUACAGGCAUUGACAGUAUUGUUAAAUGGACGUGAAACCAUGUAAAUUGUUUUCAAUGUAGCACGUGCCAGUGAUUGUUUAUUGUGUUUACUUUUACUCAUUAAACGAAUUGAAUUUUAAAACGA